UCGUCAGUUGCCUCUUACUCCGUGGCACAAACAAACUACUCGCGACUGUAUCAAAUUAAAUUUAACACUAUAUCCUACGAAUUACAUGUCCUAAUAAUUAUUAGCAAUGAAUGUUGUAAUUGAAUGUGGUGAUACUAAGAAAAUAGACAAUCCUACAGUGUUUACGGAUCUCGUCUGCAAAAUCUCCGAAAAAGCUUGGUUUCCAUAUAAACGAAGUGAAGAGCAGGUUAUUCUCAAAAAUGCAUGCGGUGCCAUCCGACCAGGUCGAUUAACUUUCGUACUUGGACCUUCAGGAGCUGGCAAAACCACACUUCUGAAAAUAUUAGCUGGAAGGAAAAAGAGUGGCGUUACUGGGUGCCUUCAAGGAACUGAUCGGAAUGUUGUGCUAGUAGCUCAACACGCUACACUCAUCGACACACUCACUGUGCAAGAGACAUUGCGUUUCGCUGCAUCAUUAAAGCUGCCUCAGGCAACUCGAAAUGAAAGAUUAUAUACGAUUGAAGCAGUAGCAAAACAAUUAGGAAUCUUGGAUGUAUUGAACACACGAGCUGGACGUUUAUCGGGUGGAGAACGGAAGCGACUAACGAUAGCAUGUGAACUACUAACAAAUCCUUCUAUAUUGCUUCUCGAUGAACCUACUAGCGGCCUUGAUUCCGUGUCAUCAAUGUCUGUGGCCCAAGCUCUCAAAUCAGUAGCACGCAGCGGGAGAAUAGUCGCUUGCGUGAUACAUCAACCGUCCUCGCAGCUAUUUACGUCAGCUGAUGAUGUGAUACUCUUAGCCAAUGGAAGAACUUUGUACUCUGGAGCGAUUGAGGAUAUUCCUGAAUUGUUAAAAAAAUCUAACCUUGUCUGCCCGCAGUAUUAUAACAUGGCUGACUAUCUUUUAGAGGUUGCAAGCGGUGAACACUCCGGAAAUUUAGCACUUCUAGAAAAAGAGGCAAUAACGUAUGCUAAUGAAAUGAAAAAAAUAACGGAGAAAGAAAUUCAAGAUAAAAAUAUCAAAGACAACUCAACAGAAUCUGAAGCCCUUCUCGAUUCAAACAUUGUUGUCGUAGACGGAUUUAGUGCUAAUUUUAGUCAACAAAUGUGUGCCCUACUCCAUCGAGGGUAUAUCGGAGCACUUCGAGAUGUUCAUCUAACUCAGAUCCGACUUGUGUGCCACUUAAUAGUGGCUUUGUUGCUGGGCGCGCUGUACUAUGGCGCGGGCGCAGAAGCGAGCCGCAUGAUUUCCAACACGGGCUGUCUAUUCUUUUUCCUUCUCUUCCUAUAUUUCUCUAACGCUAUGCCGACGAUACAUACAUUUCCAGUAGAAUCGACUGUGGUCCUUCAAGAGCAUCUUAACAAAUGGUAUUACUUAUCAACAUACUGCGCUACGAAAAUUAUAAUUGACUUGCCGAUACAGCUGUUGUGUGCAACAGUCUUCGUAUUACCCGCUUGGUACUUAACGUCACAACCUCUAGAAGCCCAUAGAAUUGGUUUAGCUUGGCUCAUCUGUGUGCUUAUCACCAUACUAGCACAAACUUUCGGGCUAGUGGUUGGAGCUGCUUGCGGAGUCAAGCUUGGCCUGUUUGUCAUACCAGCUGCAAAUAUUCCAAUGCUUAUGUUCUCGGAAUUUUUCAUACCCUACCAUGAAAUGCCUUCGUAUCUCCAACCAUUUGCCUCGAUAUCAUAUUUUCGAUACGCAUUUGAUGCAUUAAUGCAAACAGCGUAUGGUUUCGGUCGCAAUGUUCUCCCUUGUCAUACAGUUUUUUGUUUAUUUAAACGACCUGAGAAAUACCUUGAUUACUUAGGCCUUUCGAAAGACCUCAGGACUGACGUAUUAGCUAUAGUUAUAUGGAUUAUAAUACUAAAAAUAUCACUGAUGUGCGUUUUAAGAUAUAGAGUCUAUAAAGCAUGUAGAUAAUCGCAGUAUUGAUUAUAAAAAGUAUUCUUAAGAUCAUUUUUAAAAUAGCUUAAUGUGCCGGUAAAUGUAUUCAUAAAAUAAUUGGGUAUGUUGUAUAUUUUUAAGAUAUAUUGAAGACUUACGUGUCGGUAAUGGUGCUAUUGCUUCAAUGAAGUUUUAUAAUUUGAUCUGAUAUAUAAAUAUUUAAAGUGUGAUAUAUUGACAAUGACAAUAAAAACUUGUAUAUGUCAGAAAGAACAUGUAAAAUUUUUGUUAAUUUUUAAGUUGUAAUUAUAUUCAUUAUAAAUUAGAGACGAAAUUUUAUAUGAUAUUUUCUAAAAAGUGUGGUGUCUUACUGUCUACUGACUAAUUGAAUAAACUAAAGUGUACAAAAAUUAUACAUAGACAAUAAUUGAUAUUACAAAUUUCCAAGAGUAUUAUUUGUUUUGUAUA